UUUGGCAAGAAGUUUUAUAAUUUCGAGUAGUAGGAGUGUGGAAUGAGAGCAAUGGCCGGCGACGCGGCUGAUCAGAGCCAUAGAUUCUUCGUCGCCGUUCACGUUGGUGCCGGAUACCACUCGCCGUCGAACGAGAAAGCGCUUCGUUCCGCCAUGAAGCGCGCCUGCCUCGCAGCCUCUUCUCUUCUCCGCAAGGGUACUGGCCGAUGUAUUGAUGCUGUUGUUGCUGCAAUUCAAGUUUUGGAGGAUGAUCCUUGCACCAAUGCCGGGAGAGGCUCAAAUUUGACUGUGGAUGGACAUGUAGAAUCUGAUGCCAGUAUCAUGGAUGGUGAUUCUGGAGCAUUUGGUGCUGUUGGAGCAGUGCCAGGUGUUAGAAAUGCUAUUCAAAUUGCUGCACUGUUGGCUAAGGAACAGACUUCAGGUUCAUCAUUGCUUGGUCGAAUAAACCCCAUGUUUUUGGUUGGUGAAGGAGCACGAACAUGGGCAAAGUCAAAGGGUAUUGUCUUGCCAACAGUAACAGAGGCUGAAGAGUGGCUGAUAACAGAAAGAGCAAAAUUGCAAUGGGAAGAGUUCAGAAGGAUGCUUGAUGAAGCCAACGCCACUGAAGAUGCUUCUAGAAAACUCACUGGUAUCUCCAAGGAGACUGCUGUCAUAUCAGAGCCUCAAUCCUGUGAUCAUUUGAACGGAGAGGAAGUUGAUGCUCAAUCUUCUAAACAUAAUGCACUAGAAGAGGGUAGUGUUAUGGAUACUGUUGGAGUUAUAUGUGUUGAUUCUGAAGGACACAUAGCAUCUGGAUCCUCAAGUGGUGGCAUUGCUCUGAAGGUUAGUGGACGGAUUGGAUUGGCAGCGAUGUAUGGUUCUGGUUGCUGGGCAUCCUCAAAAGGACCUUUUGGAGCACCUUUUAUAGUUGGUUGCUGUGUUAGUGGUGCUGGAGAGCAUCUAAUGAAAGGAUUUGCUGCCAGAGAAUGCUGCAUAUCUUCAUCUUUAUCUCGGGCUGGUCCAGCCUCGGCAUGCACAAAAGUAUUGCAUGGCAUAAUUCAAGAAAAAAGUCAAAGGAUGACUGAUAUAAGUGCUGGGAUCCUUCUAGUUGAAGCUGAUGCUCCUAAACUGGCUCCUGGGGGUUCACCACAACUGAAGGCUGUUGAGAUGGUAGCUGCAUAUACUUCCUUGUCAUUUGGUAUAGGUUAUUUUGGAAACAAUCUGCAACGCCCCAAGGUAUCAAUACUUCGAAAUAUGAGACAGAAGAAUGAAGCUAAUAUAGAUCAGUUCGCAGCACGGGUUGAUCUUGUGGGCGAGAAUCAGGCGACGUAGCUGUAAAGCAGAAGAAAAGAGUAAACUCAGGAAAAUGACUCUGCUUUUGGACCUGGUGAUGUUGUGCACUGCCGAAGACUUCUAUCUCUACGUAUCAGUAGAUUAUUUCCAAUCUCCGGAGGAGGCAUGCUUCUCUAGUAGUAGCAAUCCAAAAUUAAAGAGAGAGACUCAAUCCUCGCCGAGAGAGAUGUUUUAGGAAGUGAACCUGUAAUAGUGAAUCCAGGUGACGUGAGUGUAUUUGGAUAGGAGAUUAUUUGAAAUAAUUAUUAGAGCACUUAUUAUAAUAGUAAUGUAUGUUAGAUAAAAAUGUUAUUGAAAAGAUAAAAAGUUGAUUAGAAAUUA